AUGUUUAAGCCAAUGCUCCGUGGUAGUGCAUGCGCGCUCAAAGCGGUUUCUGUCAGAGCCGCGUUCCGUCCAGUAGCUGCAGCUUCCUUUGUCUCACCCAUUAGAUUUUACUCUUCCUCCCUAAACAAGGACGAAAUCAGCUCAAGAGUAAUUGAUGUCGUGAAGUCAUUCGACAAGACAACGGCCAGUGCAAGCAUCACAAACGAUACGCACUUCGCAAAGGACCUCGGUCUCGACUCGUUAGACACUGUUGAGCUGCUUGUGGCGAUCGAAGAGGAGUUUGAUAUUGAAAUCCCUGACAAGGUUGCUGAUGAAAUUAAGAGUGUUGGCGAAGCUGUCAAAUACAUUGAGUCCAACCCUGAGGCCAACUAA